CCCUCACAGGCUGGGUCAGGUAACCUGGUAGUUCUGUCUAUUAUGUCUUGGGAAUUGUACUGUGGCCUGCACUCUGUAAGGCAGAAAGAAAGGAGAAGAACUCGCAGGGGUGGUCUGCAUAGAGAAGGCAGGAAAGGUGAACACCAAACACAGGAUGUGAUUAGCAUAUCAGGUUAGUCUGGAUUAUCCGCUGCAGACCAGGAAGGAGAAAGUAACAAAGGAGCUCUGAAAACGGCCAAGGGAAACAAGAAAACUAUUUCUUCUCGAUCACUGCAGCAGUUGCAGAUUCAAGAGUUGUGUGGAUGCCUUGUAAGUUAUCUACUUAACACCCAGAUGUGAGUUUGUGAUAAAAAUCCCCAGAGGAGACACAGAGCUGGAGGAAGAAGAGGAGGAAAUGGCAGCUUCUCAGGGGUGGCUGAUGUUCCAGGAUGUGGCCAUAGACUUCACUCAAGAGGAGUGGGAAUGCCUGGACCUCGGUCAGCGGGACUUGUACAGGGAUGUGAUGUUAGAGACCUACGGGAACCUGGCCUCCUUGGGUCUUGUGGUCUCUAAGCCGGACCUGGUCACCUUUCUGGAGCAAAUGAAGAAUCCCUGGGAUGUAAGGAGAACGGACACAACAGCCUCAUACCCAGCUGUGUCUUCUCACAACACCCAUGGUUUGAUGUCAAAGAAUCCAAGGUUUGAAAAUUUAAUGCAAAAAGCAAACCUAUAUGAAAGAGCUCACCUCGGAAAUGACCAUUUAACCAAAGACUGGGGACAUACAAGGGUAUGUGAAAGACUGAGAGGAUGUUUCCAUGGACAUAAAGAAAUUGAGACCAUUUCACAUACUGUGGACAUGACUCUCAGAAGAAAUGAGCACUGGGAGUCAAAUUGGGGGAAGCACCUGAUUCAGUCAUCACCGUCUGCCGCGCAGUGUAUCUUUGUAAGCAAAGACUCACAUCAGUUUUUGAAACACACACGUUCUCUGAAGGGAAAUGUGGAAAAUCUGGAAGGCCAUCCAGUCUCUACUCCAAAUGCUUUUUCAGACCACUCUGAACAUAGACUUCGAUUACACAUACAUUCAACCACGUCUGAAAAGGAGAAGUUUACAAAUGGUGGAGAAAACUCACAAUAUAAUCAACUUGAGGGGUCUGUGAGCAGCGGGUCAUUAUUCUUCCACCAACAGACAGGUUCUCUCCAAUCCAAAAUGUGUAAUGUUGAUAAUAAUGGAAGAGACUUAAUUCAGCCAUCACUGUUUGAUACAUAUCGUGAUAGGGUUAAUAUAAAACAACUUUUCAUGUGUAAUAACACGAGCCAGGCCUUAAGUAGGAGCUCCAACCCCAAUAGUUACCAGAGUAUUUAUGAUGGAGCAAGAAACUGUUCAUGCAAUGACAGUGGAUAUAACAAUGAACAAGACUCUGAUCUUAGGAAACAUCAGACACCUCAAUCUUCAGAUAAGGAUUCUAAAAGUAAUACAUGUAGGAAUAUCUUUUAUCGAGCAUCAGGUCUUUCACUAAAUAACAGUACAGAUACUGGAGAGAAGACUUACAAUUGUAGUGAAUAUGAUGUGUCUAAUCAGUCUUCAGAACUUAUUCAACAGCAGAGUAUUCAGAAUCCACAGAAAAACUACAAGUGUAAGAAAUGUGAGAAAGUCUUUGCUAACAUACUCAACCUAUGUAAACAUAGGGAAAUUCAUACAGGAUGGAACACUUUCAAAGGUACAGAAUGUGACAAAGCGUUUAAUCAGAGUUCAAAACUUAGUCAACAUCAGCGAAUCCAUAUUGGCCAGAAGCCUUAUAAAUGUAAGGACUGUGGCAAAGGCUUUAUUCAACACAGAGAUCUUACUUGCCAUCAGAGAAUUCACACUGGAGAGAAACCUUAUAAGUGUCAAGAAUGUGGAAAAGCUUUCAGUCAUUACACAACUCUUAGUAAACACCAGCGAAUUCAUACUGGAGAGAAGCCUUAUAAAUGUAAGGAUUGUGGCAAAGACUUUAACCAGGGCUCAGGCCUUAUGUCCCAUCAGAGAGUUCAUACUGGAGAGAAGCCUUAUAAAUGUAAGGAUUGUGGCAAAGGCUUUAGCCAGCUCUCAGGUCUUACUUGCCAUCAGAGAAUUCACACUGGAGAGAAACCAUAUACAUGUCAAGAAUGUGGAAAAGCUUUCAGUCAACAGGCAAAUCGUAAUAAACACCAGCGAAUUCAUACUGGAGAAAAGGGUUAUAAAUGUAAGGAUUGUGGCAAAGACUUUAGGCAGGGCUCAGACCUUAUAUCUCAUCAGAGAGCUCAUACUGGAGAGAAGCCUUAUAAAUGUAAGGAUUGUGGUAAAGGCUUUAGCCGGAACUCGGGUCUUACUUGCCAUCAGAGAGUUCAUACUGGAGAGAAGCCUUAUAAAUGUAAGGAUUGUGGCAAAGGCUUUAGCCAGCUCUCAGGUCUUAUUUGCCAUCAGAGGGUUCAUACUGGAGAGAAGCCUUAUAAAUGUAAGGAUUGUGGCAAAGGCUUUAGCCAGCUCUCAGGUCUUAUUUGCCAUCAGACAGUUCAUACUGGAGAGAAGCCUUAUAAAUGUAAGGAUUGUGGCAAAGGCUUUAGCCGGAACUCAGGUCUUACUUACCAUCAGAGAGCUCAUACUGGAGAGAAGCCUUAUAAAUGUAAGGAUUGUGGCAAAGGCUUUAGCCGGAACUCAGGUCUUACUUGCCAUCAGAGAGUUCAUACUGGAGAGAAGCCUUAUAAAUGUAAGGAUUGUGGCAAAGGCUUUAGCCGGAACUCAGGUCUUACUUGCCAUCAGAGAAUUCAUACUGGAGAGAAACCUUAAUAAUAUAGAGAAUGUGGAAAAGUUUUCAGUCACUAUGGAACGCAUACUAAACACGAGCGAAUUCAUACUGAAGAGAAUUCUUAUAAAUGUAAGGAUUGUGACAAAGACUUUAACCCAGCACAUUGGUGUAAAAUACAUGGACGAUCAUUCCAUGCAUUUUACUAUGUGAAGGAAGCCCAUCGGAAAAUGCUACAAAAAGGACGGCUGACCUUCCGGGAUGUGGCCAUAGACUUCACUCAAGAGGAGUGGGAAUGCCUGGACCUCGGUCAGCGGGACUUGUACACGGACAUGAUGGUAGAGAACUAUAGGAACCUGGCCUCCUUGGGUCACCAGCAUAGAUCCUUGAAGUCAGGGCCCAGGAUUGCAUUCAUCAUGGAGCUGGACCUGCUGUGGUGCUGUGGGGGCAGCUCAGACUCCGGCCUGGCCCUGCCCCCCAGUGUGGGAGCCUACGAAGUCUACCGCUGCUACAGCUACACCUGCUGUGACUGGGCAUCAGAUCUUUCUCUAAAUAAGAGUAUUGAUAGUGGAGAGAAAACUUACAAUUGUAGUGAAUAUGGUAAAGUUUCUAAUCAGUCUUCAAAUCUGAUUAAGCAGCAGAGAAUUCAGAAUCCACGGAAACAUUACAAGUGUAAUAAAUGUAGGAAAGUCUUCAGUACCUCAUCUAAUAUAAGUAAACACAGGAAAACAUGUUCAGGAAGGAAACCUUUGAAGUGUACAGUAUGUGCCAAAGCCUUUAAUCAGAGUUCAAAUCUUAGUCAACAUCGGCAAAUCCAUACUGGCAGGAAACCUUAUAAAUGUAGCGAAUGUGGCAAAGUGUUUAUUUAUUUCUCAAAUCUUAGUCACCAUCAGCAAAUUCACACUGGGGAGAAACCUUAUAAAUGUGCAAAGUGUGGCAAAGCCUUUAAUCCGAACUCAAGUCUUACUCGACACCAGCAGCAAAUUCAUACUGGAGAGAAACCUUAUAAAUGUAAGGAUUGUGGCAAAGCCUUUAGCCGGCGCUAUGGUCUUACUCAACACCAGCGAAUUCAUACUGGAGAGAGACCUUAUAAAUGUAAGGAUUGUGGCAAAGCCUUUAGCCAGCGCGUUGGCUUUACUCAACAUCAGUUAAUUCAUACUGGAGAGAAACUUUAUAAAUGUAAAGAAUGUGGAAAAGCCUUUAGUCAAUCCUCAACUCUUACUAAACACCAGAUAAUUCAUACUGGAGAGAAACCUUAUAAAUGUAAAGAAUGUGGAAAAGCAUUUAAUAAAAACACAACCCUUACCAAACACCAGCGAAUUCAUACUGGAGAGAAACCUGAUAAAUGUAAAGAAUGUGGAAAAGCCUUUAGUCAAUCCUCAACUCUUACUAAACACCAGCGAAUUCAUACUGGAGUGAAACCUUAUAAAUGUAAGGAUUUUGGCAAAGCCUUUAGCCAGCGCUAUGGCUUUACACAACAUCAGUUAAUUCAUACAGGAGAGAAACCUUAUAAAUGUAAAGAAUGUGGAAAAGCCUUUAGUCAAUCCUCAACUCUUACUAAACACCAGCGAAUUCAUACUGGAGAGAAACCUUAUAAAUGUAAAGAAUGUGGAAAAGCCUUUAGGCAUAGCAGUCAUCUCACUAGGCAUCUCAGUGCACAUACUGGAGAGAAACCCUCAUAAUGAAAUAAGUGAUGGAAGAAGUUUGUCCUAAACAUACACAUCGGAAAACACGCGACCAUUUAUAUGAG